UUCUCGCCACGUUCCAUUUUCCUUGCAAGAGCGGAUGUCCACCUCAAUGUAUCUUGGUUAGCCUACAUUUUCCUUAUUGCAUGGAUAACCUCGAGCCAAGCCACCCAUAUCCGAAAGAUCCAUCUCCUUCCCUAGCCAUGGACCCUCCGACGAGCCAAACGUCCAGGAUUGUCCCUCCUCGGCUCCUUCAUCUUCCCUUCACGAACUCCAUAACCCGGACUCCAAAGCUCGAGGAGGCGCUCAGGAAGAUGUACCCGGAUUUGUCAUCUUACGAGAAUCGUCUGAGAGCGCUCGUGUUUCAGUAUCAAUUCCGGCCUGGCUCACUGCUCUCUGAAAAGAACAAUUCGCGGGAGUUUCUGUUCACGGCGCUGCAGGACAUGUACUCCAAUUAUCCAGAGGAAUACCGGCUAAACAUCCUAAUGGUAAAUUUCAUCCUGAUGAAUGUGGCUGUUGGAAUGUUGCCUGCAGUGGUCGCCAGCAAGAGACGAGGCGGGUCUCCGGAGGUGGAUAUCAAGGGGAAAGAUAUGGACGAUGCCAGGGAGAAAGAGAGGCCCACAGCUCCAGAGGUAACUAUCAAAACAGAAGACGCCAAUCAGGUGGCAACGGGUGGUUCUUCAGCUCGAAGUGUCGCAUCAAGCGGUUCUGCGAGUCCUAGAAUUAUGGUGCUCAAUAGCAACAAGGGAAUGAGUCUCGAAACGAGGAAACGACGAAGGCCAAAGACGGAGGAGGAGCGUGAUAGCAUCAAGCGCGCUCGAUCUCACGGCGCGUGUAAAGACUGCAGAAAGAGCAAGCAUAAGUGUCAUCAUAUCCCUGCAGACGACAACGGAGGAAAGACGAGAGAUCCAAAGCUGAGAUCAUUGGCUCCCGCCUUCCCCCUCCCUGGCUUCCAAGCUGGAGCCCCGGAACAGGGUUCUGGGAAACAAAGAACUGAAGACCUUGACCAUUCUUCAUCCCAUGCUGGACUUCACGUAUCUGCGCAAAGAGAAAAUCGCCACGCCACGCGUAGCAAGUCACGCCGGCAGCGAAUGCAGGCACCUCACUCUUCACCGCCAUCGGGGCCGCAUUCGGCAGGUUCGGUUGAUACCUUCAAACACUUCAUUGCACCCGAGACGUCUAGAGUUCAUCACGGAACUACUUCUAAACGUCGGAACGGUCAUUCUGGCAACCACGACAUCCUAGUAGGGGCUAAAAGCGCUCCUACUACCGGUGAUCCACCAUAUUCUGGACAAACACCAAGUAUCAACAGUAUGAUCUUGCUCUUACCAACGGUUCUCUACAUCGGAAGAUUUCCAUUUGCAUCGGUACGGUUCUAGCCUCACGGGCGUUUCUCACUUCAUCCACACGACGUCGACGGGCUCUCUUAUUCCCUGCGUGCAGAUCUGAACAGUGGCGGAUGGUGUAUGUAACCCAUGUGACGUCUAGAAAAUGCAUCAGCUUACAUGGAUCUAGUUUCUGAAUACAUUUAUACGAGCAUACGUAGGGUAGAAUCUCGUCGCGAAGAGUCUCGGGAGGGAUGCACUGGAUUUACUGAAGAA